UAUAUCCACCCCUUCAUAUUCAUCCGCACUUUUUGAAGAUUCAAGGUAUCGCCUAUCUUUUUCACGCUCAUCCCCCUCUCUCUGUAUCUACAUCUUCACUCUCUUCUUCUCUAUCUAGACCUUCACUUUCAUUUCCUCAAUUGCUUAGCUUCUCGUCCGCUUUCAGAUCGUUCCGGUGGAAUCACGGCGUCGACUGGCGAUCUCCGGUUAGUCUUAGGGCUCAGAUCCGAAUUGCUCUCGUGAUUGAACACGGUUUCAGCGCAAGAUCGCGAUUAUGGCUUUUGAAAAUGCUUUCAAGGAAAUAUUGACUAGUCUUCCCAAGCCUGGAGGUGGCGAGUUUGGAAAAUUCUACAGCUUACCUGCAUUAAAUGAUCCAAGGAUUGACAAGCUGCCAUACUCUAUUAGGAUACUUCUGGAAUCUGCUAUACGUAAUUGCGACAAUUUCCAAGUUGCUAAGGAUGAUGUAGAGAAGAUUGUUGAUUGGGAGAAUACUUCACCGAAGCAAGUUGAAAUUCCCUUUAAGCCUGCCCGUGUUCUCUUACAGGAUUUUACUGGAGUUCCGGCUGUGGUUGACCUAGCUUGUAUGCGGGAUGCUAUGAAUAAGCUUGGCAGUGACUCUAACAAGAUCAAUCCCUUGGUUCCAGUGGAUCUUGUCAUUGAUCAUUCAGUUCAGGUAGAUGUAGCAAGAUCUGAAAAUGCUGUACAGGCAAACAUGGACCUUGAAUUCCAAAGAAACAGAGAGAGGUUUGCUUUUCUUAAAUGGGGAUCAACUGCUUUCCGUAAUAUGCUUGUCGUUCCUCCUGGUUCUGGUAUCGUUCACCAGGUUAAUCUGGAAUACCUUGGACGGGUUGUUUUCAAUACUGAUGGCAUUCUUUACCCUGAUAGUGUGGUUGGUACUGAUUCCCAUACGACUAUGAUUGACGGUUUAGGAGUUGCUGGCUGGGGAGUUGGAGGAAUUGAAGCAGAGGCAACAAUGCUUGGUCAGCCCAUGAGCAUGGUUUUGCCUGGUGUUGUUGGAUUUAAAUUGUCUGGGAAAUUGUGCAAUGGUGUCACAGCAACUGAUUUGGUCUUAACCGUAACUCAAAUGUUGAGGAAACACGGUGUUGUUGGCAAGUUUGUUGAGUUUUAUGGUGAAGGAAUGGGUGAAUUGUCAUUGGCUGAUAGGGCCACUAUUGCAAAUAUGUCCCCCGAGUAUGGUGCAACCAUGGGCUUCUUCCCUGUAGAUCAUGUCACAUUACAGUACCUCAAAUUAACUGGAAGAAGUGAUGAAACUGUGGCAAUGAUUGAAGCUUAUUUGCGUGCUAACAGAAUGUUUGUUGACUACAGUGAGCCUCAACAAGCAAGAAUAUACUCAUCUUAUCUGCAGUUGGACCUAGCUGAUGUUGAACCCUGUAUUUCAGGACCAAAAAGGCCUCAUGACCGAGUUCCUUUGAAAGGCAUGAAGGCUGACUGGCAUUUGUGUCUUGAUAAUAAAGUUGGAUUUAAGGGCUUUGCUGUAGCAAAGGAGGCACAGGACAAAGUUGUAAAGUUUUCAUUUCAUGGACAAGCUGCUGAGCUCAAGCAUGGUAGCGUUGUCAUAGCGGCUAUCACAAGUUGCACAAACACGUCAAAUCCUAGUGUUAUGCUUGGAGCUGGUCUUGUUGCAAAGAAGGCCUGUGAAUUGGGUUUAGAGGUUAAACCAUGGGUAAAAACAAGCCUUGCCCCAGGGUCUGGAGUUGUUACAAAAUAUUUACUCCAGAGUGGCCUCCAAAAAUAUUUGAGCCAGCAGGGCUUUCAUAUUGUUGGCUAUGGCUGCACGACAUGUAUCGGGAAUUCUGGGGAUCUUGAUGAAUCUGUUGCUUCUGCAAUUUCAGACAAUGAUAUUGUUGCUGCUGCUGUGCUUUCUGGAAACCGAAACUUUGAGGGUCGCGUUCAUCCACUGACAAGAGCUAACUAUCUUGCUUCUCCUCCACUAGUUGUAGCUUAUGCACUUGCUGGAACGGUUGACAUUGACUUCGAAAAGGAGCCAAUUGGAACUGGGAAGGAUGGUAAGAGUGUAUACUUCAAGGAUAUCUGGCCCAGUAACGAGGAAAUUGCAGAGGUGGUUCAAUCUAGUGUACUUCCAGAUAUGUUUAAGAGCACUUAUGAGGCUAUCACAAAGGGCAACCCAACGUGGAAUCAACUAUCUGUCCCGACUGCCAGUCUUUAUGCUUGGGAUCCAAACUCAACCUACAUUCAUGAACCCCCGUACUUCAAGGAUAUGAAUAUGGACCCACCAGGACCUCAUGGAGUGAAGGAUGCCUACUGCUUGCUCAAUUUUGGUGACAGUAUAACGACGGAUCAUAUUUCUCCAGCAGGAAGUAUCCACAGGGACAGUCCCGCUGCCAAGUACCUCCUUGAGUGUGGGGUUGACCGCAAGGACUUCAAUUCCUAUGGUAGCCGUCGUGGCAAUGAUGAAGUGAUGGCAAGGGGAACCUUUGCAAACAUUCGCAUUGUGAACAAGCUCUUGAAUGGAGAAGUGGGCCCAAAGACCAUUCAUAUUCCAACUGGAGAGAAGCUUUAUGUGUUUGAUGCAGCAAUGCGGUACAAGGCUGCUGGACAAGGCACCAUUGUUCUGGCUGGAGCAGAAUAUGGAAGUGGUAGUUCUCGAGACUGGGCUGCCAAGGGCCCAAUGCUACUGGGAGUGAAAGCUGUCAUUGCCAAGAGCUUCGAGAGAAUUCAUCGUAGUAACCUGGUUGGAAUGGGCAUCGUUCCUCUUUGUUUCAAGCCUGGUGAGGAUGCAGAUACACUAGGUCUGACUGGUCAUGAGCGUUACACCAUAGACCUUCCAAGCAAAGUUAGUGAGAUAAGGCCCGGCCAAGAUGUUACUGUGAAAACUGACACUGGCAAGUCUUUCACAUGUACAGCCCGUUUCGACACAGAGGUCGAGUUGGCAUAUUUUGAUCAUGGUGGCAUCCUUCCAUACGUCAUUCGGAAUCUGAUUAAACAGUAAAUUGUUGAGCUUUUGGACCAAGAGUCUACUACUCUUCUAUUUGGAUAGUUUAACAGCAACAUGGAAAUCACUAUCCAUGGGGAAACUAAAUCUCACUACAUUCCCAAACUUCUGGAAUUUAUACUACUACAAUAAAUUGUUUUCAAUAAAAGUGGAAAAUUUAUGUUUUCCUCUCCGAGUCUGCUUUUCACUUUUCAGUAAGAUGGAAGAGUGUCAUUUAUAGUUCUUACCUGUCCAGUGUAGAAAAUAGACAAUUGCAAUUGAUCUAGGGCAAGGCAGACUUAGCUGCCUUACACAAUUGUAAUUUGUUAUUCUCGGUCUGUAAUUUAAUUCUGAACAUUUAUUCCAUUUUGUUUAAUUUACAUGAUUAUUAUUGUUUUUA